UAUGUUAUUUUUAUUUAAUAUUUUCAUUUGCGCGCCAGCCGUGGUUAGUUGGUUCGUUAACGAGACGUCGAACGCCUUCUGUUAUCGUUUUGACCGUUCGUGUUUGUGCCUUGUCCGUCGAAAGCUGCUGCUAUAUCCGGUCGUAGAACUCGUUGCGUGAAAUUUUUGAUUCGUGUCUAUCACUCGAUGGCACAAUUAUCAGUUACUCAAUUUCUAUAGACGAAUUCAAGACGAGGAGAUCUCGCAAAUAAGAAAAAUCAAUCAUGGAUAUUCAAAAUCAUAGAAAUCUAUAUGCCUUGGGAACAAAAGUCUGGAUCCCUUGCCAUUCAGAAGUCUGGCAAACAGCAGAGAUAAUAGAGGCAUAUGAUGGACAUAAAUUAACAGUAAGAAAAAUUAAAUCCAGAGAUGAACAAGUCAUUAAAAUUUCUUCGGAUGAAGAACUUCCACCUCUUCAAAAUCCUGAUAUACUUCUCGGGGAAAAUGAUUUAACUUCAUUAUCAUACCUACACGAACCAGCUAUUCUAUACAAUUUAUAUUGUAGAUUUGUUCAAAGUCAUGCAAUUUACACUUAUUGUGGUAUUGUCUUGGUUGCCGUUAACCCUUAUAAAGAUCUUGACAUCUAUGGCAUUGAUACAAUGAUGGCAUACAGAGGUCAAACAAUGGGCAGCUUAGAUCCCCAUGUAUUUGCUGUGGCAGAACAAGCAUUUAAUAAAAUGGAAAUAGAAAACAAUAAUCAGAGUAUCAUAGUUUCUGGUGAAUCAGGUGCUGGAAAAACAGUUUCUGCUAAAUAUGCAAUGAGAUAUUUUGCUACAAUUAGUGGCUCUGAAACUGAAACUCAAGUUGAGAAGAAAGUUUUAGCUUCUAGCCCUAUCAUGGAGGCUAUUGGGAAUGCUAAAACAACUAGAAAUGAUAAUUCAUCUCGUUUUGGAAAGUAUAUUGAACUUCAUUUUAAUGAUCGGAAUCACAUAACAGGAGCCAGCAUGCGGACAUAUCUUCUUGAAAAGUCCCGUGUUGUGCACCAAGCAGUUGACGAACGAAAUUAUCAUAUAUUUUAUCAAUUAUGCUCUUCUCGUGAAACAUUUCCUCAUUUACAACUAGGUGAUUCAGAAGAAUAUUUUUAUUUGGCUUCCCAACCAAGUAGUGAUAAUGACCGUGAAAAUUUUUUUGAAACAGUCAAUGCUCUUAAUACAUUAGGGUUUUCUCAAGAAGACCAAGAUCUUAUGUGGAAAAUAUUAGCAAGUAUUUUACACCUAGGUAAUAUUGAAAUAGUUGACAAAACUCAAAAAAAUCCCGGAGAUAGUGAUUCAUGUUAUAUAUCGCUGAAAGAUCCUAGUUUAGAAAUAGUUUCAACUUUACUAGAUAUCAAUAAAGAAGAACUUAAAAAAUGGCUAUGUUUUCGUAGAAUUGUCAGCAUGAAAGAAACUUAUGAAAAACCAAUGACUGCAGAUGAGGCAAGUGGAGCCCGUGAUGCUUUAGCCAAACACAUAUAUGCAUCUUUAUUUCAGUGGUUAAUAUCAAUCAUGAAUAGAACCAUGUGUGAAACUUCUCCAUCGACUAAUUGUCCAAUAAUUGGUGUCUUAGACAUAUAUGGUUUUGAAAUGUUUGAAUUAAAUAGCUUUGAACAAUUUUGUAUCAAUUAUGCUAAUGAAAAACUUCAACAACAAUUUAAUUUACAUGUAUUCAAACUUGAACAAGAAGAAUAUGGAAAAGAGGGAAUUGAAUGGAAGUUCAUUGACUUUUAUGAUAACCAACCUUGCAUUGAUCUUAUUGAAUCUAAGUUAGGUAUACUUGAUCUUCUUGAUGAAGAAUGUCGAAUGCCUCAAGGAUCAGAUACAUCUUGGACCCAAAAACUAUAUACCAAAUGUAUUAAAUGGGAUAGGUUUUCAAAACCUAAAUUUGCUGGAAGCGCAUUCACAAUUAAGCAUUUUGCUGGUGAUGUUGAAUAUUUUUGUGACGGAUUUUUGGAUAAAAAUAAAGACACAGUUUUUGAAGAUCAAGUUAAUGUACUGAGAAAUGGGAAAAAUAGUAUGUUACGUACAAUAUUUAUGGUAGAAAGUUCUAAUGAUCGUAAGCUAAGUGUGCCAGAUCGUAAAGCCAACACUCUCACAACUCCAAAAUCAGCCACAAUUGGAGCAACUUCAAAAUCUCGAAUGCUGACGCCUAUGAGACCAAUCUGUGCAACUAUUGGAUCACCUACACAUUCUAAACAAAAUAAGAAAACCGUGGGUUCACAAUUUAGAGAUUCACUUAAUGCUCUUAUGACCACACUUAAUGAUACUACCCCACAUUAUAUAAGAUGUGUUAAACCCAAUGAUAACAAGUUACCAUUUGUAUUUGACCAUCAACGAGCUGUGGAUCAACUGCGAGCAUGUGGUGUGUUAGAAACAAUACGUAUAAGUGCUGCUGGCUUUCCUUCUAGAUGGACCUAUGUAGAUUUCUUCUUAAGAUAUCGUAUAUUAUUAGAAUCAAAGAAAAUUAAUAGAGAUGAUCCAAAAUUAACAUGUCAACGAAUUGUGGAAGAACAUAUUAAAACUGAAGACAACUAUAAGUAUGGUAAUUCAAAAAUAUUCUUCAGAGCUGGUCAAGUUGCAUACUUGGAAAGAAAACGUGCUGAUAGGCGUAAAGACUGUAGUAUAUGUAUUCAAAAAACUUGGCGAAAAUACAUAUGUCAAAAAAAAUACAAACAAAUCCAAACUAGUGCAUUAUUAAUUCAGCGAUAUGGAAGAGGUUUCUUAAGUAGACGGUUAGCAACAUAUUUACGGAGAACCAAGGCUGCUAUUAAAAUUCAAAAAGUUGUACGAAUGUGGUUAUGCCGUAAAAAAUAUUUACAUUUACAAGCAGCAGUACUUAUUUUACAACGAUAUUAUCGUGGUUACAAAGCUAGAAAAUUCACUUUAGAAUUAAGGCGAAACAAUGCUGCUGUGCGUAUUCAAUCUAUUGUUCGAAUGUGGUUAUGUUAUCGUCACUAUCAUGAUACAUUGGAUAAAAUUAUUAAAGUCCAAUGCUGCAUUAGAAGAUGGUUUGCAAGAAGAUGCCUAAAAGCAUUAAAGAAAGAAGCUAGAUCAGUAGCUCAUGUAACUAAGUUAAAUAAAGGCUUAGAAAACAAGAUUUAUAUGAUGCAACAAAAAAUAACAGAAUUGAACAACCAAUUGUCUUCAACUAAGUCAUUACAGUCUGAACUACUGGAAACUAAGCAAAAAUUAGUAGAGCAAAAACAAAUUGCUUCUGAAUUAGUUAUUACCAAAAAACACGCUCAGCAAAUUCAAACUAAGUUUGAUACUUUACAAAUAGAGUUUGAAUCAGAGAAAAAAACUACUGAGAACAUACUCGAAUCCUAUAAUAAUAGAUGUAAAAAAGCUGAACAAGAUCUUUUGGAAGCACAAAAAAUUAUUGCAGCAUUAGAAUCGAAUGUGUUACUUUUAAAACAUGAAAAUGAAAAAAAUUUAAAAGACAUUGAAGAGAAUUGGAACACAAAAUUUGACAAUGAAGUAUUAAAAUUUCGAGAUGAAAUUGAAGCAGAAAAGAGUAAAUAUCAAAAAUUAUUAUCAGAAAAACGUUCAAUUGAAGAAAAGUUAGAAAUGUUUGAACAACAAGAUAUUAAUGCAUCUGGCGAUAGUUUCAAUCGUAAUAAAUUUGAUUCAAGUUUAUCUUAUCAAGAAAAUGGGUACACAACAAAAGAUGUUAAAAGUAAUAAUUUGGAAAAUGGUGAUUUUAUAAAACUUCAAAAAACUUUAAAAACCAUUCAAAUGGAAAAAGAUAUGUUAUUAAAAAAAAUAGAAAAUGAUAAAUUAAUCCGAGAUAAAUCUAGUGAUGAUGAUAUAUCUCGAUUAAAAGAACAGAAUAAUUUAUUGCGGCAAAACUUAAAUUCACUCCGUGAAGCAUCAGAAUCAUCAGACAACCAUAAUUUCAUCGUCGCUGAUGAUUUGACUCGACAAUUAGAAACAUUACAAGAUGAAUUAUUCAAAAAGAAAUCAGAAUGUGUUCAAUUACAAAACCGUCUUGAUGGUACAGCAGAAUCAUUACGCAAGAUUGUUGACUACAAAACUACAACUUCAUCAUUAACUGAAGAUAAAGAAUUGAAUCAAGCAAUGGAUGCUCAAAAAGCUAUUAAUCGACAUAUUUUAGAUGAGUUCCAAACAGAGAAAGAAAAAUGGAAAGAAGAAAAAGAAAACAUGUCCAGUCAACUUAUAAAGUUACUUGAUGAAAAUGAAAAACAACAAGAACUUUUAGCUAUCGAGUUCGAUAAGAAUCCACAAUGUGAUGCUAUUUUACAAUCAGAUAUGAAUAAACUCAAUUAUGAUAAUUUAAAAUUGCAACAAAAAUAUGAUACACUUUUACGAAAAUAUGUGGCGUUACGAAACGAUAUGUUGUUAGAAGGGAAAGAAAAUUCAUCAAUUAAUUUUGAUGUAGAAAUAGACAAUGAAAACUUUGCUAACAGCACAACUAUAUCUGGUGAUGAUGGGACAAUUAUAGCUAAAAAAAAAAAUCGUUCAGAAUUUAUGGGAAUGUUUAAAUGUUCUGUAGAAGAUGAUCCAGUUGUAGCUCGCAAUUUAAUUAUUGAGUUAAGACCUGAAACCGCAUUGAAAUUAUUGCCCGGUUUACCAGCAUAUAUUUUAUUCAUGUGUAUUCGUUACUAUGAUUUUAUAAAAGAAGAGAAAAGAAUUGGCUUAUUUUUAACAAAUGUUGCAAAAAAUUUACAAAAAGUAAAAAAACGUCAACAUCAAGACACCAUGAUUUUGUGGCUUUCAAACACAAUGAAAUUAGUACAUAUUCUAAAACAAUAUAGUGGAGAACCAGCGUUUGCAAAUGAUAAUACAUCAAAGCAAAACUCUCAAGCACUACAAAAUUUUGACUUGGCUGAUUAUCGUCAAGUAUUUAGCGAUCAUGCUGUGAUACUUUACCAAGAUUUGGUGCAAAAAAUGCAAGAAAGGAUAAGAACAUUAAUAGUUCCCGCUUUAUUAGAGCACGACUCACUUGGCAUCGAUAUUGGUAGAAAUAUUAGACGAAGUUUAGGUUCAUUGAAAUCAACUUCAACACUUUCUAGUCCAACUACACUUACUUUGGAAAAUGAAUUAAAUACUAUGUACAGUCAAUUAUUGGUUCAUGAGAUUGACCAAGAAGUUAUUGUACAAAUAUUCAAACAACUUUACUAUUUCAUGUGUGCCACUGCAUUAAAUAAUCUAUUACUACGUAAAGAUUUGAGUUACUGGUCCAAAGGCAUGCAAAUUCGAUUCAAUUUAUCACAUAUUGAACAAUGGAUAAGAGAUAAAAUACUUUAUCCACAAGAUAUUGUUAAUACAUUAUUGCCAAUCAUUCAAGCAUCACAGCUAUUACAAGCAAGGAAAACCGAGGAUGAUGUCAACAGUAUAUGUGAAAUGUGUGAUAAAAUGAAUGCAAAUCAAAUUAUUAAACUUCUGACAUCAUUUAAACCUACUGAUGAUUGUGAAGAACGUAUAUCCAUGGAUUUCAUUAGAAAAGUUAAGGAUAAAUUAGAAGAGCGGCCAGAAUGCCAAGAUAAGGAAAAAUUAUUAAUGGAUACUAAGUAUGUUUACCCAAUCACAUUUCCAUUUCAUCCAUCCAAUAUAAGACUAGAAGAUAUAGAAUUACCAGAAAGUCUUAAUUUAAGUAUGCUAAAAAAGAUUUAAAUAAAACUUAUAUUUUUCUUUUAAUGAUAAUUUUUUGAAUAAUAUUUAUUUAUAUAAUACAUUUCUAUAUAUUUAAACAAAUGUGUGUAUUUAAUUAUACAUAUAUAUAUAUAUAUUAUUUUGAUUUUUGGAUUUAAAAAAAUAAGGCUGUGAAAAAUCAAAACCAUUUUAUUAUAUUUCUUAAUCAUAAACUAUUGUAAUUUGUUCAGUCGAACAAACAUUCAUCUGUAGUAAAAGUUCUUUAAUAACUAGAAUUUAAGUGUCUUAUGUAUAAAAAUUAAUAUUAUUAUCAUUAUGUUAUAAUAAUUAUUGUUAUUUAAAAUUCUAUUAGUUUGUUGAAAAUUUAAUUGUUAAAAAUGUGCCUGAGAUAGUUUUUUUUUAUUUUAAUUUGUAUAGUUUACUUACAAAAUAUUUUUAAAUAAUGGUAUGACAUAAUAUUGAAUUUAUAUAUGUUUAUUUUAUAUAUCACAUUUCUCUAAAUAGUCUUCCCAUUUAAAAUUAAUGAUAAGGUUGUACGUUCUAAGCUUCUGAGAAAGGAUGCUUGUUAAAAUGUAUAAAUAAAUACUAUAAAUGUUGCAUGAUAAUUCACAAGUUUACAAUUUAUAUUUAUAUUUAUAAUAUUUGCAUAUUAAAUAGCUAAUACAUAAAUUAUCUAAUUUUAUAGAAUAAUUCUAAAGUUGAUGACUUUAGUGCCAUAUUUUUUUUAAAUAAAUUAUUUUUAAAGAUUUAUUUUAAUUUGUGUUUAUUAUUUAAGCAAAAUGUAAUAGUCAAUAAAUGUACUUAGUAUAACUACCAUUGCCUUUUUGUAAUUAAUAAUAAUAUUGUUAAAUUGUGGAUAUUGUAUUGUAUUGUUACCUAUUAAAUUAAGUUUAAUUUGA